AUAUCUUUCAGAUCAAUGAUGUAACAUUGGUUAUAAAUUGGAAAAAAACAAUGUUGGGAGCAUUAGGUCGGCUGGUGGCUCCUGAUAUUCUACCUUUGCAUGAUCUUCAAGAUCAUUGGACUAGGUUUCUUGAUUACUACAGCACCAAAUCAGUUCUUACUUUAAAGGCUGAACCCAUUGAGGCAACUCGGCUUAUUCAUCAUUUAAACAAAAUUCUGGCAAUUCUUGUUACAGAACUGGAGAAUGUCGAUACUGGAGAGCUUGGACCAUGUUUGGAGUUCUUCCUUGGUCAGGACAUUCUAAAUAUUCUGGUCACGCUUGGACAGGCGGAUACUCCCCCUGGAAUCAGACCAAUCAUCUUCAAACUUUUUAUCUUUCUUCUAGAACAGGUUAAAUAUCCGUUACUAUAUGAGACAGCAUGUCAUCUUCCUCUCUGCAGGCUGACUCUUCUCUGCUCUCUUGCUAAGGCGUCACCAACUGAGUCUCAGGAACUUGAUUUCCUGACUCUUAUCUGUGAUAAAAUUCAGAAAUCUCCUCAUCUUGUCCAGGUUUUCCUGCCUGAGGAUGAAAAGGAUGGUUCCAAGCUUGGCAGCAGUAGAUCUAGUCGAAGCAGCUCCAUGAUUAACCUGAAGCAAGUUGAUUGUCUUGCUUUAAAUGUGAUAAAAGCUUUGGGGGAAGUUCGAAGCAAACACUACCUUGCUACUGCUCUACUCAACUACCUGGAUAGUCCUGAUUAUUUUAUCUCAUGUCGGGCCAUGCAGAAUCUUAUCAAUAUCUCAGGAUUGGAGUGUGAUGAAUCAGCUAAUGCCCUGUUAGAAAAUCUGGUGAAUAGUAUUAACAGCAGGGUCAGCUCAUUGUUCCAGAGUAUUCCUGUCGGAGUAGAGGCUGGUCGAAUAGAGGAGCUGGAGGUCAACUGGAUACAGGCUCAUAAACUCUACUCUCCAGAGUUUGAGGAGGAAUGGUUUCCGGGACGGUCAGAGUUAAUCUCAUUUUUAAGUUUCCUAGAUUUUGUAAACAAUUUAGUCGUCAGUUCACAUAAACUGAUUGCUGAAUCUAUAGCGGGGGAAAUAGGGAGAUUGCUUAUUCAUUUAUACAGAGGAAUUCUGGCAGAAGAAACCAAAGAUAAGGAAUUGCGUUGUAUUGCGUAUAUCUGCGUGACUUGGUCACACCUGAAGUCAAGUUUGUUACGAGAUCAUCUUACUAGAAACAUCUUUGCGGAAUCUGAGUUUGAGUCUUCUAUUUUUAAUCAGAUAUUGGAGUUUUGGUCGGAGCCGGGAGAGCUUAAAAUAGAUGCUUUACGGGUCUUUGAUUCUAUUCUUUCAUCCCCUCAUCAGCUCUUCAUUGAUUGUUUGCUUGGACAGUAUUUAGAAUACCGAGGUUAUUGUGUACAUAAUAUAGCUGAGGUCGAGGCCAGCUCCUGGUCAGAUGUCGAGGAUGAAAGGUCAAGGAAAAUAUCAAGGUCAAAGUCUCUGAGUAGUCAACCCAACGAAGAUUCAGAAGACAACGGGAAAGAAAGCCCAGAAUCAAGUAAUCUCAGUAGAACGAUGGCGCCAGCAAAUAUUCACAGAAUUGUAAAUUUGUGGCUCUAUCUUGUCAAUGAUGAACUGAGGCUUGACGAAUUCCGAGGAUCAGGAUACGAUCUUUAUAUCAAGGAUGCUGGAAGGUAAGUAAACAUA